AUGGCGUUUGUAACUCUUCGGAAUUCCAUCCCUUCACCGACUCGCCUAUUUCGGUCCACCAUGUCCACCGCAAACCAAUGUCGCCAGUUCUCUUUCAACUCAUAUUUGAUCACCCCCAAGGAGCUUGAUUCCGCCCUCAAGAAGAACCCGCGCACGAAGAUCUCCACCUCCCCUCGUGUGGUACCGCUAUGCGCGGCCUGGUUCAUGCCGAACGACCCCGAGGGUCGCAAAGGAAUUGACAUCUUUCGCAAGCAUCGCAUCCCCGAGGCUCGCUUCUUCGACCUAGACGGAGUCAAGGAUCAUGACUCUCCCUACCCGCACAUGCUUCCUACCGCCGAAACGUUUGCCGAAGCAAUGAGUGAGCUUGGCAUUCGCCGCGACGACGAGGUGGUGGUCUACGACACUGAGGAGCUGGGCAUCUUCAGCGCUCCCCGCGUCGGAUGGACUCUUCGGGUCUUUGGACACCCUCGAGUCCACCUACUCAACAACUACAGGCUGUGGGUUCGCGAAGGAUACCCGACGGAGACUGGUGAGCCCUCCCAGCCGGAGCGGACCAACUACCCUGUACCUACGUAUGAUUCGAAACUCGUGAUCCCUUACCGGGAGCUGAAGGAGAUCGCCAAGGAGCAUAGGAAGGAGGGCGCAAAGGAAGUAGAGAUCCUGGACGCACGCUCAUACGGCCGCUGGGCGGGAACCGAUCCGGAGCCACGUCCGGGCCUGUCGUCGGGCCAUAUUCCUGGCUCCCAAAGCUUAGCUUUCCAACAACUGCUGGACCCGGAGACCAAGACUUAUCUCCCGGGGCCAGAGCUACGCAAGAUCUUCGAGGGCAAAGAUAUUGACGAGUCCAAGUCCAUCAUCAGCUCUUGUGGCACCGGUGUGACAGCAACUAUCAUUGAGACGGCACUAGGCGAGGCGGAGUUCGGAGAGCCCAACCUACGGAGGGUAUACGAUGGCAGCUGGACUGAGUGGGCACAACGUGUCAAGCCGGAGGAGGGUCUCAUCAAGAAGGUAACUCGUCCAAGCAAGCUGUUCGUCUUUUACCCUUCAAACUACGCGACCGGUCCUGUCGACCUUUCUCAGCCAGCCAUGUCGACCGGACGCAAGGUCUUCCACUGUGCCGUGGACGAGACGGCGUUAACCACCAAUAUCAGCGAAAUCAAAAAAUGGACCACGAACGGCGCCAUCACUCUUAUCGUUCCUCUUUACACCCUCGAACGCCUUCAUGCCUUGAAGAGAGCCGGAUCCCAAGUCGCCAUCAAUGCCCGAGAGGCUGUCCGUUUCCUCGACCGUGUUACCUCCGGCAAAGAUAACAUUUCCGCCGAACGAGUCAUCCUGCAGGGUCCUAUGGAGCAAUACGAGAACUGGACCGAGGCGGAGAAGUUCUUCCUUCCGGAGUUCGAGGAGGAACCCGAAGCCAACGGAGUUCUUCCGGGCGACCAGGUGGCGCAGCGGAAUCGCGAGGAUAAGUCCAAAGAUACGAAGAAGAACGGCGCCGCUCCCGACGAUCUGUCGCAGAUGCUUCUCAACAAGUUGAAUUUCAAGAAAGAAUCCGAUGCGGUUUCGAUCACGUCAAACGGCACUCACAGCGCCCCUGCAUCCCGACCGUCCUCCAGGAGCUCCCGGACUAGUCCCGAAUGUGCGAAUUCUCAUGUUGUCAAUGGCGUCGGCAAGGAUGCGAAAAAGAAGCCGGAGAGUGGGCACCGUCGUUCUGCGUCGGGGUCCACUAUUCCAACGGUUCCUUUGAUGCUCAGACCGCUGCUCAGCGCCCUCUUGUGGCGGUUGCACAGCGGCCCUGAUGCAGCUAACGCGGCAAAAACAUGCAUUCUCAUUACGAACGAUCGGCCUACCCAGAUCUGGGCGCAGAAAUUCGGCAUCGGAGUCAAGAACAUUCAUCAGCUGCGGACAUCCAUCCAGUACGAGGAGCGGGAAUACAAGAACCGGUGCAAAUACGUGGAGAAGACCCAGACGACCACCGCAGAGCCAAAGUCUCUUCUCUCCUACGAGGAUGAGAGCGACGAGGACGAGCUUGUUUUCGUCCCCCGCGGUCGCGGCAAAGGAUCUACUCGAGGAGGUGGCUCGCGCGGCGGCACUACUCGCAAGGCCGCUGCAUUCAAGUCUGUCGCCCCUCCGGUGGAGGCUACGAUGGAGAUUCCCACGCAGCCAAUCGACCCCAACUCGUUCAGCCGAUCGCUGGGUGUGACGAAGCAGCAGCAGCCCACGGUUGAUCUGAGCACCCAGUCCGGGGCCGCACGUGGCAUGGCGGGAGCAUCUCGGAACUAUUCGAACAGCCGCCGUGGUGGUUCUCGGGGUCCUUCGCGUGGUAGCAGCCGCGGCCGUGGCAAGCUCUGGGUUCCUUGA